AUGACGGAACCACUUUCUUCUGCUAGUGAGUUGGAAGACACAACCCCAGCUUCAACAGAACAGUCACCUCCUGUAGGAGCUCAGGAACAAGUUAACUUUCACAAAGAAGUGUUACGUAAAGUACAUGCCUUAAGAUCACAUCGGAAGUUAUGUGAUGUUGUGUUACGAGCUGGUGAUCGGGAGAUUCCAACUCAUCGUGCGAUAUUAGCAGCAGUUAGUUCAUAUUUCCAAGCUAUGUUCACUCAUGAGUUGAUGGAAAAGAUAUUGUCAGCCCUUCUUCUCUCUUACAAAUCACUGAAGUACAAGGAGUUGUGUUGUUCAUUUCUUAUGAAACAACUUGAGGUCUCUAAUUGUCUUGGUAUAAAGACUUUUGUUGAAGCAAAUGGUUGUUUUCUCAAGUCUCAGAAGAUAUUGAUAAAUUUGCUCCUCCUAGCUCAUAUCCGACUACCAAUGCUAUCUGUACCAUUUCUUAUGGAUUACCCUACUAAUUUUUGGUCUUUUGUUGCACCAAUGGGGACUUGCCGUUCUGGAGUGGGCGUGGGAGUUCUGGGUGGAGCUAUGUGUGCAGCUGGUGGCUAUGAUGGCGCUCUUGUGUCAAAUACUGUUGAGCGUUUUGAUCCUGAUAAAAAUAUAUGGAACAAUAUUGCUAACAUGAGCACUCGUCGUAGUUUUCCUGGGGUAGCUGUAUUUGACGCAACUUAUGUUUUUGGAGGCAAUGAUGGUACAUCAUUCCUCAGUAUUGUUGAGUGUUAUGACCCACAUGUCAAUCGCUGGUUAACAAUAGCUCCCCUUAGCAAACCUCGUGCUGGUAUUGGCGUAGCUGUACUUGGCCAACAAAUCUUUGUUGCUGGAGGGAAAACGAUGGCACGUCAAGACUUGAUUCUGUUGAAUUUUUUAGAUAUACGCACUGGUCAAUGGCAAACAGCUGCUCCAAUGAUGUCGGCAAGAGAUGGACUUGAGCAAGUGAAGAUGAUGCACUCCCUAUCGAGAUAUUCCUACUUGGCAACUGAGGAGAAGAAAGAUGACUAG